ACAUGUCUUCUCCAAGGUCUUCUUGGCCGAAGUCUGCAUGGCACUGGUGGUCACGCGAUCGGUGGUGUUACUGGUCGUGCUUCAGCAUGGGCUGCUGCCAUCGGCCUACCUGUCUAUGGACAGUUGCGCUGUCUUCUCAUGCAUGAGAUUGGCGCCGCAGCCGGUGAGCAAAUGACUGCCGGUGAGGCUCUGUCCGCUGAUGUUGCCUGCCUCGUGUAUGAUGUCACGGAUCCAUGCAGUUUUACAUACAUUGCAAAUCUCUUUCUAAACUAUUAUCGUGGUACCCGAGUGCCUUGCUUGAUAGUGGCCGCCAAGUCAGAUCAGCCAAGUACUUUGCAGGACUACCGAUUGCACGUUUCAGAAUUCAUUUCCAAAUACCAUUUAUCCGAAGUACAGUCUUUUUCUAGUCUUGAUAUAAAGCCUCGUUCGCCCGAUCGGCCUCCUCUAUCCUCAUCCCAUCGAGCAUUUCCUAGCAUUGGCGUUGCCCUAGAUGCUUCUGCCAGUGAAUCUAAAGACAACCAAACCAACGGAGUCAAACGCCGCUCCGGCUCUGCUCACACAUUACUUAAUGAAUCACGUCGAUAUGGCCAGAGGCCCUCCAGUGUGUAUGGGGCUGCUGUUGAAGGGAUCGAUGACCAGUCCGUGGACACUACCAGCCAGCCUGCACCAGGUAUCUUCAUUCUUCCGAUGAACGCUUGCCCAAGAACAUUGGUAUCUUUUUAA